UAUCCUGGACACAACCAGAAGAGAACAUGUCUUUUCCAACUCCUGACCAGCAAGAGCCAAACGAAAAGGCAGGCCCAUUAACAGAUGGCGAUGAUCCUGUGUAUCCCGGCGCACCUCUGACAAAAGGACAAAGUUUACUGUUGCUUAUGUCCUUUAUACUAAGGCACAAUCUUACAACUGUUUCACUGGACCAUCUACUGAAAAUUUUCAAUGAGCAUUUUCCAGGCAUGGUACCAGUGACCACAUAUCUUUUCCGAAAAGCUUAUGGUCAGUAUGGAAAUUAUGAACCCCAUUUCUACUGUCCAACAUGUGAAAACUACUUAGGGAAAAAUACUGGUGAGCUACAGUGUGACAUUUGUCACACAGUAACUGAUUCAGACAGCUCUCUUAAAAGUGGAUGCUUUUUCCUGGUUCUUAGUUUGGCCUCACAGAUCAAAACAUUGCUUGAGGAAAAACAAACAAAAAUUCAAAAAGAUUGGCUGAAUUCAGAUACAAUUUCAGACAUCCAAUGUGGAGAUGAGUAUCAAAAACUUAAGGAAUCUGGUGCAAUGGGUGAAGAUGACAUAUCUUUAAUUUGGAACUGUGAUGGAAUCCCACUGUUCAGGAGCUCCAAGUACCAGAUCUGGCCCAUACAGUGCCAAGUAAUAGAGCUUGAGCCUAGAGAACGAAAGGCAAAUAUCUGCAUUCCAUGUCUUUGGUUUGGGAAAAAAAAGCCCUAUAUGCUCACAUUUUUGAAGCCAUUCGUAGAUGAACUGUCAAUUCUACAGAAAGAUGGAAUUAAAUGGAAAGAUUCAGCAAACAUAGAGCAUACUUCCAAGGUUUUUGCUCUCAUAUGUAGUUCUGAUUCAGUCGCCCGCCCACUUCUAAGGAACACUAAACAGUUCAAUGGUUUUUAUGGGUGUGACUUUUGCUACCAUGUUGGGGGAGGUCCCUACACAAAUAAAGACCCUGUGCCAAAACUUAGAACUGAAGUAGAGCACUUUGAUCACGCAUUGGCCGCAACACUUGAGAAAACUGUAAUGGGAGUAAAAGGACCUUCACCUUUAAUGAGACUUGAAAACUUUCAAAUGAUAAAUGGAUUUGUUCCAGAGUAUCAACACUCUGUCUGCCUUGGGGUUACAAGGCAACUAGCUAAUCUGUGGUUUGACUCCAGAAAUCAUGAACAAGAGUGGUACAUAGGAACAAAAUCAGACCUUCUAGACAAAGAGCUAGUUACAAUCAAACCACCUGUUGAGAUAAUCAGAGUACCACAGUCUGUGGCAGACAGAAAGUACUGGAAGGCAUCAGAGUGGAGGUCAUUCCUCUUAUUCUAUGCUCUGCCUCUUCUGAAUGGGGUUUUACUGAGGAAAUUCUGGAACCACCUUUUUCUGUUUGUGUUUGCUAUGCACAUUCUGUUGGGAGAAAAAGUGAAACGCUGUGAUAUUGAUGUAGCAGAAAGAGCUCUCAGAAAGUUCACUUCACAGUUUGAGAAGUUAUAUGGAGCAGCAAAUAUGACUUUCAAUGUUCAUCUACUGACACACAUUACAACAAGUGUAAGGAACUGGGGGCCUCUGUGGGCCACAUCAACCUUUUCCUUUGAAUCAUUUAAUGGCACUCUGUUAAAGUACUUCCAUGGAACCACCCAUGUUCCUGAACAAAUUGUUAGAAGGUUUCUUUGCUGGAGGAGUCUAAAGCAGAAAGCUGAAAAGGUGAUGGCAGAUGCAAAUGAUGGUGUUAAAAAGAUUUUUCUGGUUUACAAAGCAGCCAUUUACAUUCUUGUAAUUCAGCCAGCCUCAAUGAAAAUGUCAGGGUUUUUGGCAAACCCUGUCAUGGUACACUAUCACCAUCCCAAUCAUCUGCUGUCAAAAAUUUGCUGGGUGUUACAGUCAGUCAAUGUGUAUUUUAUCAUCGUUUCAUCGUAAAAGGAAUACUGUACCAUUC